AUGACUGGCUCGCCUCGCCACCAGUCCAUAUCGCAGGUGCAGGCGAAGGCCUUGGAGACCCUGGUGAACUGGUACGGCCACCGCGACCUGAACGUCUUGCAGGCCCUGGCGUCCAGUGCACAUGGGCCGAUGGGCCCCGCGCGGCAGCGCGCGAAAAGCCAUAACUUCUUGGCCCUGGUGAGCCACGUCACAGCGGCAGGAUGGGACCGCCUGCUCGAGGAAGGGGUUCCACCGAGCGCAGUUCAGAGCAUGCUGGUGCAGCGCAUCAUUCGCCUGGGGGGCGCGCAUGCGGACGAGCAUUCGCUGAAGCUUGCUAACUCGGCCUUCAUGCUCGUCACCAUGCCUGAUCGGGUCGAGACCAUGUCCUACUACGACAAGAAGAAGUACUACGACAACUUCAAGACGGCGUACCACCGCGUGGCGGAGAAGUCGCCGCGGCCCAGCGCCUAUAUGCUGGAGCUCCCGCAGACGCCUCAGGACCUCCUCGCGUCGCUCCCGACGGUCUACCAUGCCGCGUUCUCGGCAAAGCCUGGGGGCGGCCCAGCCGCGUGCCCCCUGGACAUGCGAUUCCUUCGAGACUUGGAGGCAUCCUAUCGGUGCCGCGGUGCCGCGCCCGCCUGCUCGGGCCGCGCCAGCGGCGCGGCGUCGCAGGAGCUGGCCACCAGGGCGCCUCCGAACCAGAUGGAGCAGUGCAUGCAACAGCAGAUGCAGAUGCAGCAGAUGACGCAGAUGAUGCAGAUGGCUUUCGGCGCGGUGGCGGGAAGCAUGCGAGGGGGCCAGAGCGCGGCGCCGACAGGGGGCGGCGAUCUCUUGGACAACCUGACGGUGUUCGGCGCGGCUCGGCGGCCUGGUGGACACCCUGCUCUCGCCAUGGAGGGUGCGGCUCGCGCGGGCUCGAGCGAUGCGUUGACGAGCCUUCCACAGGCCGCGGCGCCGACCGCGGGAUCGCAGCACGCUGGCCCGCCCAACGUGACAUCGUCAGCAGAGGGGUCGCAGCAGAUCGUGGCGUCGGCAGCGGCGCCCCCGACCCAGUCGCAGCCGAUCGUGGCGUCGGCAGCGGCGCCCCCGACCCAGUCGCAGCCGGCCGUGGCGUCGGCGGCGGCGAGCGCGCCGCCAGCCGCUGAGCCAGCCGUCGAGCUCGCGCGGCCCUUGAGGAUGGACAUCAAGACACAGGUCGAGGAGGCCAUGAGCAUGAUGCUUCAUAAGAAGAAUACGAAGCAGGCGAAGAAGCGCCCAGCGGCAUGCCAGGCGGCCGACGAGCGCGAGCAGGAGAACGAGGACGGUGAGCAGGGGGAGGUGGAGGACCUGCGUUCGUCGCCGAUGGCCAGAGGACGGCCAACGGCGAAGACGGCGGCGAAGCCGAAAGCCAAGCCCAAGGACGCGGCGACGACGACGCCCAUGUCCAAGCCCAAGGUCCAGGCGCUCAUUUCCGACAUCGUUGUGCGGACGGGCUCGGACGGGAGCGUCAACAAGAACACGCUUGCAUCGAGGAUGUACUCCAGGGCCAAGAAGCGGGCAGCUGACGACGGCUACUCGCAUGAUGCAUCGGUCGAGGUGGCGAAGAAGGCCUACGGCGCGGCAGCCGCGAUGUGGGAUGCCAAGUGCAGCUGA